ACUCGUGGUCGGAGCUUUGCUCCGCUUUGCUCCUUGAUUAUCCGAGAACAAUUGGCGAAUCAGUUGCAGCUUCGAACUUGUCCAUCCGUGCUCCGACGGCGCUGACGAUCGCUCUCGCAUUAAAGCCAUUAAAUGGAAAAUCGCGUUUAUUUACUCGCCGCACAUCCCGCAUGCUGCUGUCACCUGUCACUCGCAUUUAAAGUGCCAGCCACGGCACAAUGAGGUUAGAUCUCGUCGUUUUUAUAACAAUUAUCUGCCUUUUGUGGGACCGGGACGAACGUCUGGCGCUCGCGAACAAAAGCGCCGUACCGGAGCAGGAGAAAUACAGGCCCAACGGUCCGCGGGUGUUGUGUAAAUUCUUACCUAAGGAAUUCGUGGAAUGCGAGGACCCGAUUGAUCACAAGGGAAACAAGACCGCCAAGGAGGAGACGGGCUUCGGUUGCGUCAAGUUUGGAGGGUCUCGCUACGAGGAUGUGGAGAAGACCAAGGUAUCCUGUUCAGCGCUGCCAGACAUCGAGUGUGCCGGACCAAAGACAUUCUUUCGCGAAGGGGUACCGUGCAUAAAGUACAGCGACCAUUACUUCGCGACGACCCUCCUGUACAGUAUCCUGCUGGGUUUCCUCGGUAUGGAUCGCUUCUGCCUCGGGCAGACCGGGACAGCGGUGGGCAAACUGCUGACGCUGGGUGGCAUGGGUGUAUGGUGGAUCGUCGACGUUAUCUUAUUGGUAACGAACUCCCUGCAACCCGAGGACGGCAGUAACUGGAAUCCAUACGUAUAGCAUUUUCAAGAGACCAGGGAUCAUUUUUUGUGAUACAACUUAGUUUAUAUUUUUACGGGUGGCUCCUUGCGGGAGUGAUCAGCUUACAUUAGACGGUUCCCAAGUUCAACUUCUAAUCGCCAUCCCGCGCGUGUCUCGGUUUUGUAAGGUUUAUUAGAAAAUUGAAAUUAAGCGAAGAAGUAUAAUUUAAUUCUUAUUUCGGGAAUUUAUCUCGUAUUUAAAUUACUAUUACUUGUAAAUAAAUCGUUGUAAUACGUUGAAUAUUAGUUUAUACAUAAUUUCGAGUGCUUUAACGUGCAAAGAAAAAAUAAUUGUUAAUUUAUAUUUACUUAAAAAACUACUAGGUUAUAAGUAAGGGUAAAAAGAAACGAUCGUGAUUUAAAUAUAAGUACAUAACUGUUUAUAAUUCAUAAUCAUCAGGAUGGUACAAUUCACUGAGCAAUCUAUAUACAUAAGACGGUGCAUUUCCACCUCUGAAAAAGAAAAUAAACACAUUUAUUAUUA